UCUCUCCCUCUCUCCCUCUCUCUCUCUCUCUCCCUCUCUCUCUCUCCCUCUAUCCUACUCUGAGACAGUCAGAACUCUCCUCCCUGACAGCCACAGUCGUCCAGCACUUACUGCAUUCGGAGAGGGAAGGGACCUACAAACCAAACUUCACAGAAAACUUUUUGUUCUUGUUCCAGAGAAUUUGCUGAAGAGAAGGAAAAAGAGCGAGAGAGAAAGAGAGAAGGAGAGAGAGGGGGAGAGAAAGAGAGAGAGAGCGAGCGCGCGGAGGAGAGAGAGAGAGAGCGAGAGAGAGAGCAAGCGAGCGAGCGAGCGAGCGAGCGAGCAACCCCAGCCCACUGCCUGCCGGAGGGAGGGGGUCAGCUCCCCGGGCUUUUAAAACCAGCGUAGCCCCCCAGCUCGGGCGGCCAGCAUGCCUGGGCUCUCGCUGAGAGGCUUUCUUUUGGCGCUCUGCUGGAUCCGAGUCAGGAGCUCCCCUACGCCGGGCUCGGAGGGCGCCAGCCCCGGCCCCGUCCCGGAGUGCCCGUCCUGUGCCCUCAGCAGCCUGCCCAAGGAGAUCCCCAGCUCGCAGCCGGAGAUGGUGGAAGCCGUCAAGAAGCACAUCCUCAACAUGCUGCACUUGAAGAAGCGACCCGACGUCACCCAGCCGGUGCCCAAGGCGGCCUUGCUCAAUGCCAUCAAAAAACUGCAUGUCGGCAAGGUGGGUGAGAACGGCUACGUGGAGAUCGAGGACGACAUCGGGCGCCGGGCCGAGAUGAAUGAGCUCCUGGAGCAGACCUCCGAGAUCAUCACCUUCGCCGAGUCAGGCACUCCCAAGAAGACGCUACACUUUGAGAUUUCCAAAGAAGGCAGUGACCUCUCGGUGGUGGAGCGGGCUGAAAUAUGGCUCUUCUUGAAAGUCCCCAAGGCUAACCGGACCAGGACCAAAGUCACCAUCCGACUCUACCAGAAUCAGAAGCAGUCCCCGAGCAGCGUGGAUGGGGGGGAUGAGGCGGAGGAGGUGGGCCUCAAGGGGGAAAAGGGCGAGCUCUUGAUAUCCGAGAAGGCGGUCGAUGCCCGCAAGAGCACUUGGCACAUCUUCCCAGUCUCCAGCAGCAUCCAGCGCCUGCUGGACCAGGGCAAGAGUUCGCUGGACGUGCGGAUCGCCUGUGACCAGUGCCAGGAGACGGGGGCCAACCUAGUGCUGUCGGGAAAGAAAAAGAAGAAGGAGGAGGAGGGAGAAGGGAGGAAGAAGGAAGCUGGAGACAGCGGGGCCGGAGGAGAAGAAGAGAAAGAGCAGACGCACAGACCUUUCCUCAUGAUGCAGGCCCGCCAGUCCGAGGACCACCCACAUCGCCGCCGCCGCCGCGGCCUGGAGUGCGAUGGCAAGGUCAACAUCUGCUGCAAAAAGCAGUUUUUUGUCAGCUUCAAGGACAUCGGUUGGAACGACUGGAUCAUAGCCCCCACCGGCUACCACGCCAACUACUGCGAGGGCGAGUGCCCCAGCCACAUAGCAGGUACUUCCGGCUCCUCCUUGUCCUUCCACUCCACGGUGAUCAACCACUACCGCAUGAGGGGGCACAGCCCCUUCUCCAACCUCAAGUCGUGUUGCGUGCCCACCAAGCUGCGGCCCAUGUCCAUGCUGUACUAUGACGAUGGCCAGAACAUCAUCAAGAAAGACAUUCAGAACAUGAUAGUGGAGGAGUGCGGCUGCUCCUAGGCCCUCUCCGGCCUGCUAGAUGGAGGGGCCCCUGGGGCUGGGGGGAGACGGACGGACAAGGGAGAGACGCAGGAGACAGUGGAAAGGCCAUGAACGACAAGACACGAGAGCCUCCUUUGGGAUGGAGUUUCUCCGGGAAACUUUAACUAAAAUCAGCAGAAGACACAUGAAGGAAAAAUGCAGACCCUCAUAAGCCCGGGUGCGGGGAAGAAGCAGGUGAAGGAACUGGGGACUGUGGAGGGGAGGAAGAAGAGGGGAUCCCCUCUCCUCCCUUCUUCCUAGGGAGAACCAACCGGCCACUUUGUGGUGGACGCAAGGCGGCCUCGGCCCUUUCCCCCGCCCUCUCAGCACCAGCCCUGAGGUCAGCUCCCCUAACUUGUCAGUAACGUGGAUCCCCCCAUUCCCAAGAGCAUCCAGAAAGCCACGGAGCGGAACAGAGCUAGGGAUCGUUGUCCCGGUUUGCCACGGCCACGGGGGUGCCCACCCGCCUGCGGGAGAUGGACAUAGAGAUGUGUAUCGAGGAGAAUACACAUCUCUAUGCGGAGAUCUCCGAGCAGACCAGUGCAUGUGCCCGACGAGAUCCGAAGCCAUGUCUGCACCCGCUGCCUACGGCGUGAGUGGGCCUGGCAAGGGAAGGAGAAGGUGGCACGCAGGGGGUGACGCCUUUUCUGCAGAGAGAGAGAGAGAGAGAGAGAGAGAGAGAGAGAGAGAGGGCCAGGAUGUGGGAGAGAUGAAAGAACAAAGGAAGGAAAAAUACCAAGUAACAUUUCGUUAAGGUGCUCAUGAUUCUAGAACUAUGCAACCUAAUUGGUUUGAAACUGUUUACCUGAGAGAGAACAAAAAGAAAGACUUUUUUUUUUUUUUUUUUUUUGUAUUGGAAGUAACAUGAUUAAUUUUUUUUUUUUUUUUUUUUUUUUUUUGCUUCAAGGAGAGAUACUUGAAAGGAAAGCUGUUUGAUCCAAACAGUUCUAUCUUUUGUAAAUGUUGUUGUUAUUGUUGUUGUUGUUUAUUGUUUACUAUUUGCACUAUGAUGAUGUUUGACUUGUCUAAUCCUUAUUUAACAAGUAUUUUCGGGGUGGGGUGGGGGUGGGGGGCGAAGAGCUGCACUUAAUGUGAGCUAUAGAAGAACUGCUAGCGCACACAAAAUAGCUAUUUUUAUUAUUAUAAUUCUAAUUAUUGUUAUUAUUAUUUUGUACCUUACAAAUGAAUAGACACGUACACCAAAGACAUUUGUGUGAGCCUUUAAACAGUCUGUUUGUGAUGGUGAUCAUUCCGAGGUGGCAGGUCAGGCUUCCGGUGGAAGGGGCAGUGAGGUGGAGGGCAAUGGGCGCCGAGGGACACCUUCCAGCUUGGCCUGGCUCCUGCCCAGGACAGCCAGGAAACGGGGGACAGUUCUUGCUGGACGUGCAGUAGUUGUACACUGUUGGAAAUCAGAUUCGUGA